CCCUCCGGCACCGGUUUCUCCAAGCUGGCGCCGAAGAUGAGAAUCACACACAUGAGUCACUUCCGCCUGGCCAGCCUCGGCCUGCUCCUCCUGACCAAUGUCCUCCCUGGAACAACUGGCCAAGGGGAAUCAAGACGACAGGAACCCGGGGACUUCGUGAAGCAGGAUAUUGGCGGACUUUCUCCUAAACAUGCCCCGGAUAUUCCCGAUGACAGCACCGACAACAUCACUAUCUUCACGAGAAUCUUGGAUCGCCUUUUGGAUGGCUAUGACAACCGGCUGCGGCCUGGGCUUGGAGAUGCGGUGACCGAAGUGAAGACUGACAUCUACGUGACCAGUUUCGGCCCCGUGUCAGACACUGACAUGGAGUACACCAUCGAUGUAUUUUUCCGACAGACGUGGCACGAUGAAAGGCUGAAAUUUGAUGGGCCCAUGAAGAUCCUGCCCCUGAACAAUCUCUUGGCUAGUAAGAUCUGGACCCCUGAUACCUUCUUCCACAAUGGCAAGAAAUCGGUGGCCCAUAACAUGACCACACCCAACAAGCUGCUCAGACUGGUGGACAAUGGAACCCUCCUGUACACAAUGAGGCUGACCAUCCAUGCCGAGUGCCCCAUGCACCUGGAGGAUUUCCCUAUGGAUGUCCACGCCUGCCCGCUCAAGUUUGGAAGCUAUGCCUACACAACGGCCGAAGUGGUUUAUUCUUGGACUCUCGAGAACAAGUCCGUGGAGGUGGCGCAGGACGGCUCUCGCCUGAAUCAGUACGACCUGCUGGGCCACGUCGUUGGGACCGAAAUCAUCCGCUCGAGCACAGGGGAAUAUGUCGUCAUGACAACCCAUUUCCAUCUGAAGCGGAAAAUUGGCUACUUUGUGAUCCAGACCUACUUGCCAUGUAUCAUGACUGUCAUCCUGUCACAAGUGUCUUUCUGGCUUAACCGAGAGUCUGUCCCCGCCCGCACGGUGUUUGGCGUCACCACUGUGCUCACCAUGACCACACUGAGUAUCAGUGCCAGAAACUCCUUGCCUAAAGUGGCGUACGCGACGGCCAUGGAUUGGUUCAUAGCCGUCUGUUAUGCCUUCGUAUUUUCUGCGCUGAUUGAAUUCGCCACUGUCAACUACUUCACCAAACGGAGCUGGGCCUGGGAAGGCAAGAAGGUACCUGAGGCCCUGGAGGCGAAGAAGAAAACACCAGCAGCCCCGGCGAAGAAAACCAGCACCACCUUCAACAUCGUGGGGACCACCUAUCCCAUCAACCUGGCCAAGGACACCGAGUUCUCCACCAUCUCCAAGGGCGCGGCUCCCAGUGCCUCCUCCACCCCGACCAUUGUUGCUUCCCCCAAGACCACCUAUGUGCAGGACAUCCCCGAGACCAAGACCUACAACAGCGUGAGCAAGGUCGACAAGAUUUCCCGCAUCAUCUUCCCUGUGCUCUUCGCCAUAUUCAACCUGGUCUAUUGGGCCACGUACGUCAACCGGGAGACAGCCAUCAAGGGCAUGAUCCGCAAGCAGUAGGCGGGGCAGCGCAGCAGCAGCCAGAGUGCCGUUCACCCCAGGAAGCACCCGGCACCCGAACCCCAGGGCUCCCCUUCAUGUGUUUCAGGAUUCUUUCCAGCGCUCUGCCAGGCUAUGACUCUCAGUGAAAAAUACCACCACGGACAAUGACUCGUCCCUCUAACACGGCUGAGCGUGCCCCAUCAGAGCCAAACACUGCCAUUUGUCCAGUCACCCAUCCUAACCCUGGUCUCCCCCAGCCAAGGGCACUGCAUGCAUUUCGUGGCACUGUGCCCACUGCAGAGCCAGCAGGCGCCUCCCCCCACAGUGGGAGCUUCAGAUUCUACAUCACUAGGGCAUGAGGCUGGGCUACCCCCAGGGUCCUGCCUGCCAACUCCCCUAGCAGCGGGCCCAGUAGGCAUGAGAACCGGUAGCAAAGGCAGCAGCCAGUGCUAACCUCUGAGCCCGGGCCCCACUUCUUUCUGGGCUUGGAGGUUCUGGGGACAACGGGGCUCCCCACUGUCUCCCAUAGGUGGCCAAGACAAGCAGAACCAAGAUGGCUGGUGCUCGCCACGUCCAGCCUACCUCUCCCCUGGGAAAUCCUCUUCUCUUGAGCCCUUUGGGUCCUGCUUAAAUGGGACUCUACUGCCCGUCACCUCUUCCAGAAAAGGCUCAAAUAGUUCUCAUAAGAGAGACAAAUAGAAACAAAAAUGUCUAGGCCAAAUGCCUACACAAGCAUCCAUGGGAGCUUAGAGAGGGGACGAUGGGAAAGCAGCCUCCCGGCCCGGGCAGCAGUGAGACUGGGUGGGGCAGGACUUUCGGGCUGCUUGGUAGUUGAGGCUUCUGGUCUGGCUCGAAUGAGAAGGCCGGGGCAAGCGGGAGUCAGAGCCGCCUCUGUACCCUGCCAGGCCCAGGACUUUGUUCUCACACAUCGGGGCGGCUGGCAGUCUACUGACACCAAUCCUAGGGGAUGAAUCAGAGCCUAGUCGAUUUUCGAGUAGACUUAAUCAUUAGCUCUUCUGCCAGUCUGAUAAUAUCUUAUCUAUGGGCCACUCGCUCUUAACGUAAAUAAAGGGAGAUUGGGCAUGCAGAAUGGUGACUGUUUCAUGAGGUAGGUGGGCUGCGUCUCAGAAGCUUGAAGAACUCGCCUAGGCUCCUUACCGGUGUCUGUAGAGGCCUAUCCUGAGCCAAAAUCAAAAUGGGACUGAGAAGCCAGGCCCAGCCUGACUUCAGCAUCAGCACAAUCUCAACAUGGCUGCUGGGUCCGAAAUGCAGUUUGGCUGGACACCAAAAAGAUUUUUAGGAUGUCACACUGGCCCACCCCAGGGGACUCCUUUGAUAGUCACGGCCCCAGGGAGUGUGAAAUUUGAAGGUAGCAGCGCCAGCCAGUAGCCCAGAGGAUCCAGAAGCCCGAGGUAAAGCCGCAGAUGGCGCCAAAAGCAGAUUCCCCCCCGUCCACCCUCCAUGAGCCUCCCAAGGGGCCUGCCAUCAGCUGCCGGUUGCUCUCAGCCGUCCUUCCCCGCCCCUCGCUUCCUUGCCAUCGCUGGGAUGACGCAUGCCGGUCCCGUUAUUCCUCAGACUGUCUGUAGGCCAAUUCACGAAUAGAUGAGUGUCGUGUCGUGGCUGUGGG